AAUAUAUCCCGACGGCGAUUUCAGAAGCUAUGAACUUCAGGCCGAUUUCACUGAGCGAAUCAAUUUUCGUUUUCAUUUUACUCUUUAUCGUAACAGCAGAUAAACUGAAUGGAUUUGAGGUUUUGGUCAAUACAAGCCGUCAAGUGGUGGAAUUCAGGGAGUCCCUGGAGGUGACCUGCAGUACAACAUGUAACAACGCAACGAUAAUUGUGGAAUAUAGACCAGGGUUAAAUCCCCACAGCACUCGUGGUGAUACGUGGAUUACAGACCGAUUUCCAAGUGUCCAGAUUUGGGAUCUGUCAGUGGCCUGUACUGUAAUUUGUCGAUCUGCAACACCUACAGUGAAGGAGGACAAACGGGUGGUCCCAGUGUACAAUCGAAACUUGAGCAUUGUUCAACCUCCUGAAGUGCUGGAAAUUAACAAACCAUAUCAGCUGGAUUGCACUGGCCCGAAGGUCUAUCCACAGAACAGACUCGUACUCACCUGGCUCAGAGGGAGUGAGGUUGUUCAACGUAAUUCCACAGAGGACCCAGGUCUCCCGGAAGAUGGUCCAUUGAAGAAUGUCCUGAAUUUCACUCCAAGUAUUUCAGAUGGUGGAAUGGUGUACACCUGCUUGGCAGAGUUGAUCUUGGACUCUAAAACGACCACACAGAUCGCAAAUGCCUCUGUGACUCUGCAAACGUACUCUUUUCCAGAGCCUCCGAGGAUCCUCAACAGAGACCCUGUAGAAGUAAAUCAGAAGACCACAUUGACAUGUGAGGUCUCAUACAUCUACCCUGCCGAGAAGGUGAGAUUAAGGUGGUUUCAGGAUGGUGAGGAAUGGAAUUCAGUUCCCAGUAGAUCAGAUUCCACCACAGUCCAGGCAACAGCUACAUGGACACCACGAGAGAGCGGUGAGACUGAACUCAAAUGCACGGCAGAUUUUGAGGACUAUCCAUCAGUUUCAUCAAAAAAUGAUAGCAUCACCAUUGACAUGUACGUUUUCUCCAACCCUGAAUUCCACAUCCCGAACACCACUGAGGGUAUUCCAGUGAAUAUUACCUGCAGUGUGUUUAACGUCUCAGGGGAACUUCAACUCAGUCUGAAGAAGGGAAGUGAGAUAUUAGUGAACAGGUCAGCCAGUACUGGGCUGACUAUCUACCACACUGAGAAUCCACGAGCAAAGCUGAAUGGACAGCAGUUCACCUGCGAGGCCGAGCUGACACUUCACCCUCACUCCAACACCAUUGUUAAACGACAGUCCACCAAUCUCACUGUCUGGUAUCCUCCAAAGGAAGCACAGAUCUCUGAAAAGCAGAACUGGAUUGAAGGGCAAUCACAGAAUUUAACCUGUCACGCAGAUGCCAACCCAGUUCCCGAGGUGCGCUGGAUCAAAGAUGGAAAAACGAUCAGUCGUGGUGAGAGUCUGCACAUCCCCUCGGUCCGGCUGGGAGAUGGUGGUCGGUACAUUUGCGGAGUCAGCAAUAAUAUUGGUUCCACCAGCUCCUCUCACGAUGUAGAGAUCUUGUAUAAACCACGAAACACAACUAUAUCAGUAAAUAACAAAAUCGUGUCCGGGCUUACAGUCUUCAUCAGAGAAGAUGAUGAAGUUACAAUGACCUGUCACUCCAUUGGAAACCCCCAAGUAACACUGGAAUGGGAAAAGCCCGGUCAGGGCGUCAAAGGGUUCUCCACAUUUCCCAGCGGUCCUGCGGUUCUCCACAUUUCCCAGGCAACAUCAGAACACAAAGGAAUUUACACGUGUAGAGCCCGCAAUGCACAUGGAACAGAUGAGAAGCAAGUGGAAAUCAAGAUGGAAGGUGUUGAUUGGAAGAUGAUGCUGCAGAUCUUGAUACCCAUCCUAAUAGUGUUUCUCGUGCUGGUAGUCGCCUGGUUCCUAAUACACAGAGCUCGGAAAACAGGGCAUUACAAGGUCAUGAAUGCAGUACCACACGAAAAUCAGGAAAUCCCUUCUGGGAAUGAUCAUGAAUCUUUUCCUUUAAAAGAAGUGAAAUCAGACAAAGUUCUAAACAAUAACCACUCACAGACUAAUAUAAAUGGUGUUACACCAAUCAAUUCUGCGCAGAUAAAACAAUAAUUUAAUGACUAUUGUUACUGAGGGACAUUGCUGAUUCCAAUACUACAGUCUACCGGCAACAUAUACUGUGCUAAAUGCAAGGACACUUCACUCCCAAGAGUGUUGAAUUCCAGGCUGUUUUGAAUCAAUUCAUCAAAAUGUUGAUUUGGAUUUCUACAAACACGGAGUCACCACCUGAACAUGGCCAUCAGGGCUACUUCAGCAGGAAGGGCAUUUGAGCCCAGCAUCUUUCCGUCCCCCUCAUGGAAAUUACCAUUGGAUUAUAGACUUGUUCACGUGUUGCAAUCGUCUACUUCCAUGGUAACUAUUUGCUUAAAUGACACAAAUAUUCUCUUUAUAUUCUGUUGCAAAUGGAUAAAAUGUGAGACAACACCUUUUGCAUCAUUAUCAUCCUCUUGUUUAAAUAGUCGAUAUCCGAUCGCUUUCUAUCCCUGUAAUCUCCUCCAGUGACACAACUCCCCAAGGACUUUCUGGCUGUCCAUUGCUGAUUCAUCCCCGCACUAGGGGGAGCUGUGCUUGCAGCUGCCUUCAGUGUUAAACUCUGCAGUUCCCUGCCCCGACCACACGGUGUCUCUCUCUUGUUUUUAAGCAUCCACUGGUGUCCAUUGGCAUUCUGUCCAAGUGCACUCCUGAAAUACAAUAUAGAGGACUAUGGGUAAGCCUGGUCAUGUCUAAGGUUGGGACUUGUUCGGCACAUCUUUGUUCUGUAGGUUUUCUAUGUUUUUAAAUAAAUUUGUCUUCUAAUCCUACCUGGACCCAAUUCCAUUGAAUAUAUUUAGUGAUGGCGCAUCCACAACCCAUGCAUGAAGAAUUCCGUCAAUUUACAGCUGGAGAGAAGAAAUUCCUCCCUAAUUCAGUCCCCAAUGACCACCCAGUCACCCUGAAACUUUGCCUCUUGUUACACAGACUUCCACUUUCAGAAAGAGUAGCCAUCCUGAUACCUGAGAUGGCUUCUUCUAACAUGUAGGUGGAGGUACACCACCUGUUUGUCGAGAGGUGCAUUUAUAAUCAACAUAAAUUAACUUUUUUUCUUUUGUCUGAAUCAUCGAAAUCAUUCAGAAAAAUAUGCAAAUAAAUGGUUAGUUUCUCCAGAAAGUCUAGCUGUACACAAUUCUCAGGGCUAACAUUUCUCAUUUUACACAGUUGACAAGCAGGGAUAUGUUGUAAGCAACACUGAAAAAUUUAGGAGGAACACAGCAAGUCUGGCAGCACCUCUGGAAAUGAAUAAACACUCGACGUUUCAGGCCGAGACCCUUCAUCAGGACUGGAAAGGAAGGGGGAAGACAACAGAAUUAAAUGGUAGGGUGACGGGAAGCAGGAUAGCCUGAAAAUGAGAUGUGAAGGCAGGUGGGAAAGGUAACAGGCUGGAGAGUGGAUCAGAGGAGAAAGGGAAAGAGGAGGAGCAGGUGAGAAGAGCUAAGGAGUCAGAGUGGGGAACAGAAGAAGAGGGGGGUGGAGGGAAAAUUCCUUUUACCUGAAAUUGAUAUCCAUUAUAAAGAAAUAUCAUAAUAAAGAGAGAAUCAAUUUUAUUUGUCAUAUACAAUUAGGAAUUUGCUGUGGUGUAUUGGUGUGACAAGCAACUAAAGACUAAUAUAAAAAUAAAGUUCAAAGUAGAGAGAUGGUGUCAAAUGUGCAUAAAUAUUGGCAUAUAUUUGUCCAGCCUUCUUAAACACUUGACCACCAUUCAUGUUCUGCAUCUAGAACAAGGUCAGGUCUGGGAGGGAGUGUACUUCAAAUAGUCUUGCAGCCAGAAUAGUUUUGAGAGUCCAUUGAAAUUGUGGUUACUGCCAGAGGCCUCGUGCUCUGGAACUGGAAUUGGAAUGAGGGCAGUAUCGUAUGUAGAGAGACAGUGAAAAGCUUGUCUUGCUGACUGUGCAUACAGAUCAAUUCACCACACGGUGCACUGAGGUAGUACAAGGGAAAACAAUAUCAGAAUGCAGAGUAACGUGUAACAGUGACAGUGGGUGCAGUGCAGGCAGAAAAUAAGGUACUAGAGUGUAAUGAGGCAGGUUGUGAGGUCAAGAGUCUAUUGUACUUAUAACAGCAGGGUAGAAGCAGUCCCUGAGCCUGGUGCUGUGUGCUUUCAGACUCUUGUAUCUCCGGCCCAUACGGAGAGAGGAGAAGAGAGAAUGUCCGGGGUGGGAGGGGUCUUUGAUGAUGCCAGUUGCUUUCUUCAGGGAGGGGGACGUGUAGACAGAGUCUCUGAAAGGGAGGCUGGUUUCCAUGAUGAGCAGAGCUCUGUCCACACCCUCUGCAGUUUUUUGUGUUGACGGGCAGAGCAGUUGUCAUACCAAGCUGAGAGAGGCUGCUUCCCAUGCUGCAUCAAUUAAAAAUCGGUCAGUGUCAACGGGGACAUAUCUACUUUGUUUAGCCUCGGGGGAAGUAGAGGCAUUGGCGACAUUUCCUGGCCAUGGGAUCUGUGAGGAUGGGCAAGGAGAGGCUCAUCCACACCGCUAGGAACUUGAAGUCCUUAACAGUCUCCACCACAGUUUGUACAGACAGGUGUGGGUGCACCGCACCACCCACCACCCCUCAACCCCAACCCAGACCUCCUAAAAGUCAAUGAGCAGCUCUUUGGUGUUUCCUGCGCUGGGAAGGGUUGUUGCCUAUCUGUCCCUUUCCUGCAUACUGACUCAGUUUUUUAUCUAUCUGUCUCCUUCCUGCAUACUGACUCAGUUAUUUGUCUACCUGUCUCUUUCCUGUACACUGACUCAGUGAGAUACAGCCCGCUAUGCAACCUGUCAGUCAGGUGUUCCCAACCUUUUUGAUGUCAUGGACCCCUACCAUUAACUGAGGGGUCCAUGAACACCAGGGUGGGGGCCAGUGGUAUGAGUGGAGUUAGAACAGAAUCUGGCAGAGUGUGGAAUGUUAUAUACCAGUGUUAAACAGUGACAAACCCCCACCAGUACUGUACCUGGUGUUACACAAUUACAGACCGUUCCCCUUCAUUACCGUACCCCAGUGUUACACAAUUACAGACCCUACCCUGUCAUUACCGUACUCCAGUGUUACAGAAUUAGACCUGUCCCCACCAGUACUAUACCCCAAUGUGAUAAAUUAGCUGUCAUAUGUCCAUUUUAUUCCUGUAACUACUAAUUUUUGCUAAAUUACUUUUCACAUUACAUUCUGCCUCAGUUUUGGACUCACCCAGUUGUGUUUCUGAAAUCUAAAUAAUCAGGCUCAGUACUUUUCCGUGCCUUGAGCUUUCUGUCAUUACGUAACAACAUUGUGGACUCAAUCCAAUUGCAGAUGAUUUAUACUGUAUUCUAAACUGUUUCUGUUACAGUAUAUCAGUACGUGUUUCACUGUCAUAUUUUUAAGCUUUUGUUGCAGCCGCUGACUGAUAUUUACUGUGUGUUAUAUUAAAUAGACACUGAUAAGCCAUGUCUUGUGCAGACAAUCUUUCAGCACUGGUAUUCAUGUUCCUACCGCUCAGCAACAUUGUUGAUACUAACAUAAAAGGGUGUUUCUAGUCAUCAUGUUUGUAUAAGUAAAUUUUAAUAAAGUGAAUGUAUAUUUUGAAAAAAUAUAUUUUGUCUGUGAAGCACAAUUAAACAUCAAUGUUGG